GGAGAAAUAGUGAGGGCUUUACCUAGACUAGGGGCGGCUACGGAUAAACAUACAAGCGAUAAAGUAAACUGAGACGCGAAGCCUACAGAAAAGCAGAUAAGAGAAAACAAAACAAAGUGCCAUGCCCCUCCCAUGUGGAAGAGAAUAGAAGGCGGGAAUAAAUAAAUAUCAAAAUAAUUUGUCGCCGUAGGUUCGAGAUAUUUUUGCGCGAACGGAAAUGAUUCAUUUCAAGUAUCGAUAGCCAUUAAUGCCACUAAAUGCGGUCCGACUGUUUGUCGCCGGAAAAGGUUGGUUGGACGUUGAGGGCUGUGCGUUUGUUAGAUGGAAAGUUCGAUCAUCACUCAAGUGCAGAGAGAGAAUUCUCGGUUGCCUUCGAAAACAGGUGAAGACCAGAUCUAAGACAUUUUUGGGUGGGAUAACAUUGCUGAUGUUCUCCCAGUGUUUUGGAUCUCUGCUCUUUAGAUACAUGUCAAAAAGGAAGAAUAAAACUUAUCUUAAAAAAAGUUCUGAACAGUACCGAAAGGUUCUGGGGGCAGAUCAGGUAAAUAAUAACUCGCCUCGGAAACCUGGAAGUCGGAACAUCUUCAAAAAGCUAAUCUGUUGCCUUCGACCUCAAGAUGCCCAGCUGCCAACAUCACCUACCCAUGAUGCCUUACUAUCACCUGAGGACAAUGGGAUCAUUGCUGAAAUUCCAGGGGAGUGUCUUCUGCCAGCAGUGACCUCUCAGGACCAGGGGAAGAUCUGUGUGGUUAUAGAUCUGGAUGAAACACUGGUGCAUAGCUCCUUUAAGCCAAUAAGCAAUGCAGAUUUCAUUGUGCCUGUGGAGAUUGAGGGGACAACACAUCAGGUGUACGUGUUAAAGAGGCCAUAUGUGGAUGAGUUUCUCCGGAGGAUGGGAGAACUGUUUGAAUGUGUUUUGUUCACUGCAAGCCUUGCUAAGUAUGCAGACCCAGUGACUGACCUGCUUGAUAAGUGUGGUGUAUUCCGGGCACGGCUGUUCCGGGAAUCUUGUGUGUUCUAUCAAGGCUGCUAUGUUAAAGACCUGAGUCGUCUCGGCCGUGAGCUCCACAAAACCCUGAUCCUGGACAACUCCCCUGCCUCCUACAUCUUCCACCCUGAGAAUGCUGUUCCUGUAAUGUCCUGGUUUGAUGAUUCAGAGGACACUGAGCUGCUGCACCUCAUCCCAGUAUUUGAAGAGUUAAGUCAGGCUGAAGAUGUCUAUAGCAGACUAGAACAACUCAGGGUUCCAUAAUCCCUACAACUGCCAGACCACAGCAAACCUAGAUCUUGCAAUGCACUGACUGCCAAUCACAUGCAAGCGGCUCAUAUGACAGAAGGCUCCGCCCUCUGACCUAAAAACAUAAACAAGUAUUCUACUGAACAGAGAGAAAUGUGUGUUCUACUAUGGAUUACACUUACUUGGAUGAUAUUCUGGUCAGAGACCAACUGUCUCAGUCAUAGAGCUUGCUUUUUGCAAUAACAAUUUACAAAUUUUGUAUUAUCAUCAUUAUUAUUAUUAUUAUUUACUAUUUUAUGAGUAUUUUUUUACAUUUAUAAUGCCAUCUUUUGGGAGAUUUAAACAGAUGCUGUUAAACAGGACAAUACACAGGGUCUAAUCAAGUCAUUAACAAACAGUGCAGCUGAAGUCAAUGCAUUAUGGCAUACAGCUGUAAUGUAAGCACAAUAUACCUUCAGGCCAGUGUCUCUAUGCAAGCUCUACCUGAACACACUCUCACAUCACAUGUUAAUUUACAUCAUGAAUUCAUAACUAUACUUACAAUAUUUAAAGGAAAACUGGUGUUUCUAAUGUAUUCCAGACAUAAGCAAAAUGCCACAAAAAUUGUGAAAUGGCAUAAAUGGAAUACAUCUUAUAUUUGUCCAACAUGCUAUGCAUUCUUUUUUAUAAAUGCUAAUGUGACACCAAGGACCAAUACAACCUUGUUUUUGGUAACAGUUCUAUUACUUUACAAAAGCCUUGUUUAAGCGUAAGUCAGUUGAGUAAAUAGCUGAGGUGUAUGAACAUGUUUUAAUUAUUUUAUGAAAUUCCUGUUUUCAACACUGUUUCAUGUGAAUUACAACCACAUACUGUUAAUUUAAUUUGACACUUCCUGUAUUCAUCUUUAAGUGGCCUUAUAUCUGCUUCAGGUGUACAUAAUGAAAGAAGUUGUUUUGAUACUUGCGGGGCAGAAUUAACCACAUAGAAUGAACCAAAGAUAUUUAUUUUGUUCAGUUCACUUCUAACUCUCUGAGGGUUUACACCAUGCUGUAUUUAUGCAGACAACUACUUGCUGUCCACCAUAUAUGUGUAUAUUUGGUUUAACUUGAAUUUAAAAUCUUUAUAUGAUACUGUUAUCAUAUCUGGCAUAGACCAGACAUUCCAGCUCUUUAUUUCAAUCUUGUAAUAUUAUUUAAACAUGAUCAUUUCUAUAAGUUGUUUUCAUUGUAGCAAAAGCAUCCAAAAUGGCCAUGUUUUUUUUUUAUUUUUUUUUUAUAUAUAAACACAAAGGGUGGUAUUUUGCCUUUAUGAUAAAAAAUCAACAUGCCCUGAAUAAAGUUUGUGCUAUUUAAUAUUUUUGA